UCUUGAAUCCCGUUCGAAGAGGGAAGAGAAAUUUGCCCUUCGUUUCUUCAUCUUUUCGGUGGAUCCCGAGUUGCUGGAUCAGUACGACUUGUCGUUAUUGUUCUUGAACUUGAUCUUUACUUCUCGUUAUUGCCCUUCGUUUUUCCGUGUAGAAUUUUCGGUUCCAGGAAUCGGGGAUUCGAUCUGGGAGCAGUUUGGCCGGUACUGGUGGCUGCUCUCUCGGUGGCGAUCGGGCUAGGGCUCUGAAUGAAGCAUUGCGUUUCUCUUUCUCGAAGGAGAUUUAGGUAGAGACGUAGCUGGGGGUGGCCGAAGAGGUUUGGAGCGCGAUGUCGUGGGCUCGACCGGAAGAUGUCUUUUCGAUCUCUCUUGCAAGCUACCUCGAUGAGAUUCUUCUUGUGUUAUUACUUGAUGGGCAAAAGAUUACGGGGAUUCUUCGCUCUUUCGACAAAUUUGCAAGUGUGGUUGUUGAAGGUGCUUGUGAGCAAGUAAUUGUAGGAGAUCUGUACUGUGAUAUUCCUCUAGGUCUAUAUGUGAUCCGUGGGGAUAAUAUCGUCUUAGUAGGAGAAUUGGAUUUGGAAGGGGAGAAUCUUCCGAUCGAUCCAAUAAAUGUCUCGGUUGAAGAGAUUAGAAGGGCUCAGCAAGUGGAAAGAGAUGCAAUGGAUGUGAAAGGUUGUGUGAGAAAAAGAAUGGAGUUCCUUUAUGUGGACUGAUUGCAAGCUCCACCUU